AUGGAUAUCCAAGCUCUUUGGGGUAUGGUCCAGGACACCACUGUGGACUGGGACAUAGCUUGGAGGCUGUUUGUGGGAGCCUUUGUUCUCUACUCUUGCACCAAGUACUUGCAUCGCAUCUACUUCCACCCGCUUAGCAACAUCCCCGGCCCUGUCCUGGCGGGAGCAAGUCAUUUGUAUGAAUGCUAUUACAACCUGGCCACCAACGGGUAUUGCAACAAGUUUAUCGAUAUGCACAAGAAGUACAAGUCCCCAGUGGUUCGUAUUGGCAUCAACCAUGUUCAUGUGGGCGACCCAGAACUUUAUCAUACGAUUCACAACGCUGGUGAUGAUUUCCACAAAGCACCGGAAUUCUACCUCAAGCUAGGUGUUGACGGGUCGACACUCACCAUCACUGACCCGCAGGAGCACAAGAAGCAUCGAAGCACGCUGAAUCCAUUGUUCUCCCGCAAGAGAGCCGAUGAUCUGGCACCCAUCAUGGCGUCAAAGUUUACAAAGGUCGGGGAUUGGAUGGCCCGUCAAGGCAAAGAAGGGAAGCCAGUUCUCAUCCACAGAAUCUUCCGUGCACUGGGGGCCGAUGCUGCAUGCCAGCUUCUGCUCGGGGACUCUUUCAACAUGGCGGAUGUUUCUGAUCCAGAUUCCCUUCACCCUUUCAUGCGCAGUGUGGAUAGAUUUACCAUGAUGACCUGGCCGAGAAUCUAUUACCCUGCUAUCGGGUGGUUUCUCGACUCUCUUCCUAACUUCUUAGUCGAAGGGCUAAGGCCAGGCUUAGAUGUCUACAGGCGAUGGCUAGGUGAAGCAGUCGACGCCUACGACUCUGGAAAAGAGCUCGACAAGCCGCCUACCCUCUUCGACAUCAUGGUACGAACACGUCGCAAGGAGGGAAAGAAGGUGGAUGAGACUCAAAUCUUUGACGAUGUCUCUAAUUUUCUCAUGGCUGGCAUGGAGGGCACCACCAACGUGCUCUCAUUUGCCACCUACUUUCUGCUCACACACGACGACGUGAUGAAGAAACUUCAGGAUGAGCUACUUGAGGCGAGGACAGCCAUCCAGGAGUUUGACCACCGACAGAUAAUGGCAUUGCCGUAUUUGACAGGAGUUGUCAAGGAGUGUCUUCGGCUCAGCAACACAGUUCCAGGCUCUCUCCCACGCAAAGUUCCUGAGAGUGGAAUCGACAUUGGAGGACAUCAUGUUCCUGCUGGGACAAUAAUAUCCAUGAUACCUGCUGUGGUAGAGUACGACGAGACCAUCUUUCCCAACCCCAAAGAGUUUGUGCCCGAGCGCUGGAUGGGCAGCGAUGCCUUGAGCUUGACAAAGUGGUCCGUCGCCUUUAGCAAAGGGCGGCGGCAAUGUCUUGCAAAAAACCUGGCAUACAUGGAGCUGUACACUACAAUUGCCGUCUUCUUCUCGCGAUUCGAGAUGGAGUUGUAUGAUACAAAGGCCUCGGAUAUGGAAGUUAUCGACCGGCUUGCACCGGUGCUCAAGAAUCCCCCGAAGGUAAAGAUCAUCCGUGAUAAAUGGGAGGAUGAUCUCACUGCCGCUGUGCCGAGCCUCAAGGCAGUCAGCUCUUAA